AACUCGAUAGCUCGACGUCCCUAAGAUUCAUGUAUCUUCUGCUGUUCGAAGCCUGCUUUUACUUAGCUUACCACAUUAAUUAAUAAACGAAGUAAAUCCACCGCCGUCAAAAUAAUUGUCAUAAUGCCAGAUGUUCUACUCUCAGAUACGAUAGCCAUGGAGUUAGGAGCUCAAGAGCCUUGGCCGCAGCCGAUAAAAUUGUAUCAGCCAUAUGAGGUUGAGCAAAUCCUGCUCCCUGACAAUGCAAACUGCCUGGCGGUUCAGGCGUACCUGAAAAUGUGUGGCCUGGAGUUCCAAAUUGAACCGAGAAGCAACGCGGAAUACAUGUCUCCCUCGGGAAGAGUCCCUUUUAUUCAAUGUGGGGCUUUCCUUGUAUCGGAGUUCGACCCGAUCGUCUCCUUCAUCAGCAGCAAGGGUUCCAGUCUUUCCGGAGAGCUUGGGGCAACUGAUAAGGCUGAUAUGCGAGCUUACAUAUCGCUCGUUAAUAAUGUGCUAGUUAAUGCUGAACAGUAUGUCUGUUGGGUAGAUCAGGCCACCUUGAAUUCCGUCACUAAGCCCAGGCACGGCAGCGUAUAUCCUUGGCCUCUGAAUCACCUUCUUAACUGGCAAAAGCAGAAUCAGAUUACAAAGAAACUCAAUGUCUUGGGCUGGUACAAUAAAAGUCUUGACGAGGUAUUUGGUGAGGUCAAGAACUGCUGCACAGCACUUGCCGAGAGACUCGAAGGAAAAACCUACUUCUUUGGUGACGACUCUCAAAAUUAUAGCAGUCCAAAUGAACUCGAUGCUCUGGCCUUUGGACACAUCUUCACGAUCCUUACAACACCACUGCCUAACAACUCAUUGGCUAACAUCGUCAAGAGCUAUCCGACCUUGGUCAACUUGUGCAAGCGAAUCGAGGCCAGGUACUUCCAGCGCACAGAAGAUGACUAAAUUCAGUCAAUCAAGUUUUGACUCAUGAGAUGGGUGGUCUGUUGUAAUCCUCAAGACUAAUGUCCCCUAUUGUUGAAAAUUAAGAGAUAGAAGAGAAGUCAAAUGAAAAUGAAACAAGCAUCAGGAUUUCUCUGCUGAAACAGGACAAAAGUCAAUCAUAGCUUGAAAGAAAUCCGUUUUACUAGUUUUCAUGCGCAUUUCAGAAUUAAAUUUUUUUUAAAUCAACAAAGGUGCCGUGCGAUUAAAAUAGGCCACACUGUACAUUAAUGAACUUGGUUACAGUGUACACGAACCACACUGCCAAACACUGCGAAGAUCUAUUGUUCUAAUAUACCGGGAAGAUUCGUGAAAAUUUCUGUUAGGCAAUUUAACUGAGAGUAAAUCCUCCUGCAUUUAUGCAAUUCAAGUUACAUUUUACCGAUCGAUAUUUGUUCAUUUUACACGAUUG